AUGAGGACGCACGCCGGAAGCACCACGCUCGUCCUCGCGACGAUCCUCUCAUCCGCGUGCAUCACGAUCGCCAUACGCGUCACGCAGACCGCCGGUAGGAAGAACGAUGUAGGUGUCGAUCAGACAUCAGCUUCUUCUUUCUGGACUCCGACUCUGAAGACGGGCAACAUCUUCACCGACGACGCGAAUUUCUUCCCCUCGGGUCACGGUCUGGUACAAACUCAUCCGAAUGCAAAUGUAUUCCGAAGCGGUUUCGGUGGAAUUGAUAACCUCGGUAGCAGAGGGGCCACCGUCAGACCACCGAGAAUGAGACCCUUGGACUAUAGCGAGCGUGCAACCGCUGAACUUCGUCGUAAUCCUGCACUAUCUUCGCCAGACGAGUGUGCCAGAGCCUGUAGGGAGAACGAACCACCCAGGAUAUGCUACUACCACUUUACCCUUGAAUAUUACACCGUUCUCGGAGCUGCCUGUCAAAUUUGCACCCCCAACGCGACCAACGUUGUCUGGAGCGAUUGCCAGUGCGUGUUGGCGGACGGUGUGGAAAGAGGUAUUUUGGCAGCGAACAGAAUGGUACCUGGACCUAGUAUCCAAGUCUGUCAAGGCGACAAGGUCGUGGUCGACGUGGAGAAUCACAUCGAGGGAAUGGAAGUGACCAUUCACUGGCACGGUAUCUGGCAAAGGGGAACUCAGUAUUACGACGGCGCGCCAUUUGUCACGCAAUGUCCCAUUCAAGAGGGUAGCACGUUCAGGUAUCAAUGGAUGGCCGAGAACGAAGGUACGCAUUUCUGGCACGCUCAUACCGGAUUGCAGAAAAUAGACGGUCUUUAUGGAAGCAUCGUGAUUCGUCAACCACCGAGCAAAGAUCCCAACAGCCACCUUUACGACUACGAUCUGACUACACACGUCAUUCUACUCAGCGAUUGGUUCCACGAGAAUGCGGCUGAACGUUUCCCCGGUCGUCUCGCUGUUAACACUGGCCAAGCACCUGAGAGCGUCUUAAUCAACGGAAAAGGACAAUUCAGGGAUCCCAACACCGGUUUCAUGACGAACACACCCCUGGAGGUCUACACCAUAACUCCCGGUCGUCGUUAUCGUUUCCGAAUGAUCAAUUCCUUUGGAUCGGUGUGUCCAUCUCAGAUUACGAUCGAAGGUCACUCUUUGACAGUGGUCGCCACGGACGGAGAGGUGGUGCAACCGGUCGGCGUGGACACCAUUAUUUCGUUCUCCGGCGAACGAUACGACUUCGUUAUAAACGCGGAUCAACCGGUCGGCGCUUAUUGGAUACAAGUUCGCGCGCUUGGCGAGUGCGGUAUUCCCCGGGCGCAACAGUUGGCCAUACUGCGUUACGCUCGUGGCCCUUACCAACCCACCACCACCGCGCCAACCUACGAUUUCGGUCUUCCACAGGGUGUUGUUCUGAAUCCUCUGGACGCCAUAUGCAGUCGCGAUCGAGUGGACGCGAUUUGCGUGAACCAGUUGAAGAAUGCCCGCCAGGUCGACCAAGGAAUUCUCCAGCAGCGUCCAGACGUGAAAAUAUUCUUGCCAUUCCGUUUCCUCUUCUACAGGCCAGAAGAAGUCUUCCAGCCACAGACGUAUAAUCGAUUCUUGGUGGCACCGACCGGAGAUCACGUAAUUUCUCUCGUCGAUGAAAUCUCGUUCACGUUUCCGCCGGCGCCUCCGCUCUCGCAAAUCGACGACAUCCCGCCUGAACAGUUCUGCAACGGGGACAACAGACCCGCCGACUGCGGCGCCAACUGCAUGUGCACCCACCAGGUUGACAUCCCGCACAACGCAGUCGUCGAAGUGGUCCUCGUCGACGAAGUCCAACAGCCGAAUCUGUCGCAUCCAUUCCACUUGCACGGCUACGCUUUCAACGUGAUCGGUAUCGGUCGCUCACCGGACAAGAACGUGAAAAAGAUUAAUUUGAAGCACGCGCUGGAUCUGGACAAGAGAGGUCUCCUCAACAGACAGUUCAAUUUGCCACCUGCCAAGGACACCAUCGCCGUUCCCAACAACGGCUACGUGAUCUUCCGAUUCCGCGCUGACAAUCCUGGAUACUGGUUGUUCCACUGUCACUUCCUCUUCCACAUACUGAUCGGUAUGAACUUGAUCCUGCACGUGGGAACGCACGCCGAUCUGCCACCGGUGCCGCCUAAUUUCCCCAGAUGCGGGGACCACUUGCCACCCAUCACGCCCCCGUCGCUGUCGUUGGACUCGUUUCACUGA